AUGACGGCUUUCAGACCAACCAUUUUUGCAAAUUUUAGGCCAUCAAGGUUAUUUCAGAUUAAAGCCUUCAUAUUCUCUCAGAUGCUGCUGCAUUGUUUUUUCCUGUUGUUUGGUAUGCUUGUGCUUCGGAAAACUAUACACGCUAUUAAUGCCGUGAAUUACGUCCGAUCAAACAGCUAUACGAUGUCGCCUGAGGCCAUUGGUGCGUCACCACAGUUCAAGGAACUCAUAUUCGCUUUAGAAUCUGAAUAUAUAAAGCCUCCAGCAUUUUUUCUGCUAAAUCAACACGCGCUUAACAUGACCUUCAAUUUCUUAUGCAGUACUGAAAGGCUCGGUGUCCAUGAAAGGUUCAUAUUUGUAACGCUAGACCCGGUAGCGAAAGACGUUUUGAUGAAACACUGGCCCAAGAUCCGUCAGCUGUAUUUACCUGUCCCAAGUCUCUUUCACCCGUUUAGCUUCGCUGAGAGCGCCUACCAAGCACUAUAUUAUUUAAGAGCCAGUUUAGCUGUUUCUCUACUUCGAAACGGAAAAUCGUUUUGGAUGAUGCAGCAGGACACGUUUUGGAGGGCUAAUCUUUUUGAUCUAGAUUUGGAGGAUAAUCCACGGUACGAUGCUCUUUUCGAUCAAAUCGGUGAUGGAGAAAACUCAGAAAGAGCUCAAUGGAUAAAUGGAGCAAACUUCUUUAUAAAAGCUGACAAUGGGACACUGCAAUUCUUUGAGUACCUAGCAAAGAAGCUGAAGAACUGGUACACCCCAGACAUGGGAGUGAUGAUACAUCAGUGUCACACCUGGGAAAAACCAAAGUGCGCAUACAUCCCACACAAGAUCGCUCAUUCUUGGGAAUGGAUGUUCACUGAUCAGCGGGACCCUCCGUACAUAAUUCAGCUUGACUGUGAGACAAACGGAAAAUCGAAGUUGAUGGAAUUAGCGAAAUAUGGCUUUUACUUUAUGAAUGACGACGAUAACCGUCUCUGUAACCAAACUGCUGUAGAAAUAAUCCGCCAAAGAAUGACUGAAGGGAAAAUUCAGACCAGAGAGACGCCGAAUAGUUGGGGUCGCUUCCAAUUCAAAAUAUACUGGCGAAUAGUUGAUCAUAUGCUUUCAAUCCCCAUCAUUGGGGCUUCCCUAAAGCCCUAUCUGGCAUCGGCUGGAUACCUUUUAAUGAUAACUAUUUAG